AAAAUAAAUGCGGAUAUUGAAAUACCUUGCUACGUACUUUUUUGACGUACUCGGUUGAAUCAGGAUACUGAUAUGUCUAUUCGCCUUUUGCCGUUGUAUAUCUAUACAACCUCCGGCUACCAUCGGUGAUCCUAUGCCCUAUACAAAACAGCCAAGGCAAUCUACCAGUAAGCAUGCAGACCAUCGCAGGCAAUUAUCCGCGCGGUCACCAUUCGUUGGAAUCUGUCGCUGCUGGUCGGCAGGUUGCCUCCAGCCUGUUUCUGUCUGGAAUGCGACGAAGAAUGAGCUCGUGGAUCUGGCCCACCGCCGGCCCCUUUCUAAGGCUCUCUUCCUUUUUCUCUCUCUCUUUUUCCACUUCUUCACAUCCUCUUUAUAUAUAUAUCUUUUUCUGUCUCUUUAGAUCUUUAAUCUCUGUUUGACUUUGCUGGACUUCUGUUUGACGGUUUGUCUGCGUGGUCCAGUUGGGUUUUGAUCCAUCACCACCC